AAAUAAUAUAAAGCACGUGUUACGUGUAUCUACCAGAUUUGAGAAACUCGACGUCAAAGGAGAAGAAAUAUGGGGAGAAUGAAGAAAAAGUUUGAAAGUGGGGAAGCCACUGCCUUUAUGUCCAGAAACCAAGCCAUUAAGAAGCUUCAACUGAGUUUGGCUGAUUUUAGACGUCUUUGUAUAUUAAAAGGGAUCUAUCCUCAUGAACCCAAACACAAGAAGAGAGUAGGCAAAGGCAACACAGCCCCAAAGACAUAUUAUUAUGUCAAAGACAUUCAGUUCCUCUCUCAUGAGCCUAUUAUCAGGAAAUUCAGGGAGACCAAGCAUUUUGUGAGACGUCUGAAGAAAGCUCUAGAGAAAAACAACACAGAGGCAGUCAGACGUAUAAGAGGAAAUAAACCAAAAUACAAUCUUCACCACAUUGUCCGAGAAAGGUACCCAUUCUUCUCUGAUGCCAUCCGGGACCUGGAAGAUUGUCUGUCCAUGUGUUUCCUGUUCUCAACGUUUCCAAAGACUAGUAAAACCUUCACAGAAUAUAUUUUCCGAUCACAGAAGCUAACAGUGGAGUUCCUACAUUAUGUUAUUGCCUCAAAGUCCUUACGGAAGGUGUUUGUUUCCAUCAAAGGGAUAUAUUAUCAGGCUGAAAUACUUAACGAGACCAUCACCUGGGUUCUACCUCACAAACUAGGCUUUGAGGCUCCAACUGAUGUGGAUUUCAAAAUCAUGCAGACAUUUGUGGAGUUCUACACUACCAUGUUGGGUUUCGUCAACUUCCGCUUAUACAACACACUAAACCUACACUACCCACCACAGCUUGAAGAUGGCUUCACAGAAAAUGACUUUGAUGAAGAAAUGUCACUAAAGGAGCGAUUGGAAGAAAAACUAGCCUCACUGUCGCAGGCUGUCAUGUCCAUUGAUGCUGGUGGCGGAGAGGAUGAUGCAGAGAUUGAUGACUUUCCUCUUGUUGAUCCAGACAAUCCAGAUCACAUCGAGCAGGCUAGACUGGAAGCAGAAAAGCACAAGAAGUUUUUAUGUCUUUUCAAAGGCCUAAAAAUCUUCCUAAGUCGGGAAACUCCAAGAGAGAGCCUUGUGUUUGUCAUAAAAUCCUUUGGGGGCCAGGUUUCUUGGAGUAAAACCCAGGCCAUUGGUGCUACCUUUGACGAAUCAGAUGAGCACAUCACACACCAGAUAGUAGACAGACCAAAACUGGCCUCACAGAACAUGAACAGGUUCUAUGUGCAGCCUCAGUGGAUCUAUGACUGUGUCAAUGCUCAGACGCUUCUCCCAGUAUCGGACUACUUCAUUGGUGCAGAGUUACCUCCCCACUUGUCACCUUUCGUGGAGGAACAGGAAGACGACUACAUACCGCCGGAGAGGCAAGCUUUUCUUAACAGGCAGAAUGGAGGAGAAGAUUCAGGAGUAGGAGAGGAUGAUGGGGAUGAAGAUGAAGAUGAGGAUGAAGAAGACGAUGAAGAGGAUGAAGAAGACGCAGAGGAAGAAAUUGUGACUGAAACAAGAAGCAGAAAGCACAAGGAUGUCAAGCAUCAGCAAACUGAAGCAACAAAAUCCAAAGCAAAAAAGCACAAGGAUGACCCAAACACCAGUACAAUGUCGGUGGAAGCUGGAGAGAUGGACAAGGAGGAUAUUGACCGGAAACUCUCAAGACAGAAGGCAGAGGAACGCAAACUAGCAGAAAUGACCAUCCCAAAGAAAAGGAGAAGGAUGUAUGAUAUAGCUAAAACUGCAGUUAAUAAGAAGAAACAAGAGACAAGGAUAUUGACAGAAAAACGACGCUCAAUAGACAAAGAAAUGAAGAGAAGAAAGAAAAAGGAUUGAGAAGUGUAACCAGGAUUUUGUUAUUGUUUGAUCAAGUCUGAGUUUCAGGACUGAGUUUUUAUUGUUAUGAUCGAUCUGUAGCAAUGUACAUUUUUUGAUAUCUUAGGUAAUGUUGAAUCUUGAAAGGGAUUACAUAUUGAUCAAUUACAGUUAUUACCCUGGUAGUUUCCACAAAGGGGAUCAUUACUGUCGACAUCACACUGACAGAAGAGAACAAGUUUUCAGGUAAUUGUCAAAAUUAGCUUCUUCAGGAGCGGUUGAUGUACAGAUAUAUUUAUUGAAGGAAAUAAAGAUGAUUAACC